AUGUGUGUAAUGGGGUGGCUCUUCCCCAUCGCCCUCUGCCUCCUUCGCCUAGCUGCUCCUCUCAAGGGUUUGAGCUACAACUCGCAUUUUGAAAAUCGGAGAUCUAUCAGGGAUACUUUCCCCGCCUUCAUCUCAUCGGACGAAAGUGCCUCGCUCAACUACAUCACUGCCGAACUCCCGCUUUUUGCCGCUCUUGCAAUAAUUAAAACUUCGCACUUUCAGCGGCUCAAAUCAUCUCAGCGACUCUUUGUCGUCGACUACGAAAACAACCGCUUCCUGAAAGAUGGGAAGCCAUACAGGUACGUUUCAGGGUCGAUGCAUUACAUGCGCAUCCCAAGAAUACAUUGGAGAGAUAGGCUGCUGAAGCUGAGGGCAGCAGGCCUGAACGCCAUCCAAACGCUGCUGAAGCUGAGGGCAGCAGGCCUGAACGCCAUCCAAACGUACAUUCAAUGGUCUCUACAUGAGCCUUGGCCUGGGGUUUAUGAUUUCGAUGGAAACCUUGACAUCUCGUCGUACUUCAAGGAAGCUCAAGACUUGGGCCUUGCAGUCAUCGUCCGCCUUGGCCCGUACAUCGAUGCUGAAGUGGAUAUGGGUGGGCUUCCAUUCUGGCUUCUAAGGGAGGAUCCCCUCAUGAAGCUACGAACAAGUGAUCCAUCAUACAUGAAGUGGGUUAAAAAAUGGUUUGGUGUUCUUCUACCUAUACUCCAACCACUUCUGUAUGAAAAUGGGGGACCCAUCAUCAUGAUGCAGAUUGAAAAUGAAUAUGGAAGUUACUUUGCCUGUGAUUCAAACUACACCUUGCAACUGCGAGAUCUCACAAGGGGCUAUGUCGGGGAUCAGACUGUGCUCUUCACAACAGAUGGACCCAGUGUGAACUACCUUCGAUGUGGGUUCAUCCCCAAGGUCUUUCCAACAAUUGACUUUGGAUCAGGAGAUGAUAUAGGAGCAGCCUUCUUCAAUGGCCUGCGUCCUUUCCUGCCCAAGGGGCCACUCGUGAACUCGGAGUACUACCCAGGUUGGAUGGACUACUGGGGAUAUCCUCAUAGUACAGGUGCCACAAAGGCAGUGGUUCACACCAUGGUUCGAAUGCUUGCCCUACCUACUGUCUCUGUCAACUUCUAUGUCUUCCAUGGAGGCACAAACUUUGGCAAUUCAGAUCCAUUUCGAGUGGCAACAACAUCAUAUGAUUAUGAUGCCCCACUGACCGAAGCUGGUGAUCCGACUGAGAAAUACUUUGCCAUUCGGGAUGCACUUCAUAUGCUGUUUCCUGGUCCUCAAUUCCCUGUGCCAGGCCCAACAAAGAAAUAUGCCUAUGGCUAUGUUGAAAUGGUUUAUGUCACAUCUCUGUUGGGCCUUCUCAGUUCCCUCUCUCAAGAAUGGCCCAUUUCCAGCUCUCACCCUCUAACAUUUGAAGAGAUUUGCCAGGCAUAUGGCUUUGUCUACUAUGAGACUGUUGUGGACAUCCAUCCAACCGAUCCAGCCAUCUUGAACGUAUCCGAAGUGCAUGACCGAGGAUAUGUGUUUGUUGGAGAUAAACCUGUGGGAAUUCUCAGCAGGGAAAGCAAUUCCUACUCUAUGCCAAUUUCUAUCAUCAAGGGGCAGAGAUUGGGGAUUCUAGUUGAGAAUCAGGGACGAAUCUGCUAUGGACGUGACAACAAUGACUUUAAGGUGCCUCAUUCCUUCUUCAUAUCUGCCUUUGAAGAGCAAGAAUGCCCAUGGACCUAUAAAGAAUUCUAUCGCACAGAGGACUUACUGUCUCAGUUGAGAAGACGUUUUCAAAGAAAUCCCUUGCCCAAACAAGUAGUACAUGAAUCAGUGGCCUUUUAUUAUGGGACUUUUCCACUCCCUUCAACAUUGAAGAAAGAACCUCAAGACUCCUUUCUUCAAUUUGAUGGAUGGACCAGAGGCAUAGCCUGGGUGAAUGGUUUUAAUUUGGGAAGAUAUUGGCCAGUGAUGGGACCACAGUUGACCCUCUACGUACCCAAGAGUGCAUUGAGACCCCUGAAUGAGGUCAUCCUAUUUGAACUGGAGGGCAGCCCAUGCGAACAAGAUGAUGAAUGCAAGGUGCAGUUUGUGGAUUCCCCCAUUUUGAAUGGAUCCACUCCUCACAUUGAGAGUCCAUUGAGCCUUGUACAAAGAAUUUCUGGUGAUGGCCUGUUUGACUUGUCUGCCUCUCUUGACACAUCUAGUCUUAAUCCUGGUGAUAAAAGUGGUUAACUGAUUGGAAUGGGUUCUUUUUUCAAGAAUUUUGCACCCUUCAAAAUUUUUUUUUUAAAUGGGGUUUGAGCUAACAAGUACAGUUUGUUAUAACCCAUCCAUGAUGCAGAGAUUUGAUUCUAUCAUGACAACUGUG